CCGGCUAAUUGUGCAAACCUGCAUUAUUUUCCGUGUGUUCCAGUCGACCGCACCGGCGGCGGCAUACAUUGACCGGCGCCUUUUGUGCCGUGAUGAGGCUGCACUGAAGGCGCAGAGCGAAGAAUGCGAUUCGCGCUGCAGGCGGCCCUGGCCGUGGCCUUGACCUGCGUCGCGCCAGUGCGCUGCUCCCUGCUGCUGGAUGAGGCGCUCGGGCACGUAAUCGGCGUGUGCCGCGUCCCCGAACGCUGCUCCCGACGGCCCCACCCCCCGCAACACCCGGCAGACAUUGCCCCAGAGCUUUUUACAGGUUAUCCUUGUUUUUGUGACAAUGAUUGUCACGCUUUCAAAGACUGCUGCCACGACCUGGCUGAAAACGCGACGCUGGACACAGAAGAUUUAAUUUACGGACUACCAUCGUCCCUGUGGAGCUGCGAAAAAAUCUCUUCAACGCCGGUAGAACAAAAUAAAAUCAUUUCAAUCGAAAUAAUAAAACAAAAUAAAUCAAAGAAAGGGCCCUAUUUGUGGAUGGUGAGCAGUUGUCCAGAGCAAACGGACCAAGUUCUGGCGGCGGAUUGUGCGGCCACAGAUGCGGACAGGACGUACCUCCACGAUUUGCCAGUGAUUGCUGCUGGGUUGUUGUACAAGAAUAUUUUCUGCGCCACCUGCCACGGCGCUAUCUACACAGAUCUCUACCCCUUGAGCGUGGGCAUAUCUUGCCAGGGAAAUGAUGUCACAAGCGAAGAUCUGAUAAAUGCAACGUAUGUGCCUGGCGAGGCUAUGUUUCAAUUGCCAGGCAGAAAAAUCUGCAAGUUAGACGUGCAAGAAUUUUCCAACAUAUCAGGGCUGAACCGGAACUUGUCAGCGCUGCAGAACGAUACGCUGAUAAGGCAGUGCCGAAAAUUAACCGACGUUUGCGGGGAUGGUUGGCCUGACCAGGAGAUCAGCGAAAAAUGCAGCUCGUACACGAUGUUCGUCGAAGGGAUGCUUGAAGACAGACGAACCUCUGGCGUCUUCAGGAAUCCGCACUGUGCCAUUUGCAACAACGUCUCCAAAAUGUUUUGCGGCAACAGCCGCGUCAGGCUGCAGGGUCGCCUCAACAUCGGGAUCGCCGUGCCGACUGGCUCGCUGUCUCUGAUUUUCCACUUCAGCUUUGGCGGGGGCAACGUCGUCGGCCGCGAGGCGUGCUCUGAAGGCCACGUUUGGGACAGUAUUUUCCAGAAAUGCCAGAAAAUCUUCAGCUGCGACAACAAGCACGGAUCAGAUCUCUGCGCGGCUGAGGAAUCGGAAAUUUUAGAGGGCGAAAACUCCUUGAACUGCAGCAGCGUGGUGUUGGAACAGCAUUCGUUUGUUCUGCUUGAAAACGGAUCGAUUUUUGUGAAUUCUUCAAAAACCUACAUCAGUGCCGAGGAUUUCGUCUUUUUGAGUGAAGAUAGAGUCCAAAUUUGCGUUGAAGAGAUAGAGGAAAUUCCAGAUUCAGGUGGAGAAAUUUCCUUCUCGGCCUUGCAGAAUUUUUUGACCCUGAUCUGCACCAUCGUUUCUCUCAUUGGACUGUCCCUGCACAUCCUCGUGCUGCUGGCUGUCCCAAAGCUGAGGAAUCUUCCCGGGAUGAUCUCAAUGGGCAUUUCCGUCUCCCUGCUAAUGGCCCAGCUGCUCUUCCUGAUCGCGACGAGUCCAAGCCGGCCGCAGGACUACGGAGGGUGCGUCGCCCUGGCUGCGGUUUUGCACUUUGCGUUUCUCAGCGUCUUUGCGUGGACGGCCGUGAUGAGUUUCGACAUCUGGAGGACCUUUUCCCAUCCAACUGGACACCUACCUGGUAGAAAAUCCAAUGCAUGGAAGGUGCAGUGGGCGAGGUACUGUGUGGCAGCGGUUUUGGGACCACUUACAGUAGUGGCCAUCGCCGUGGGAUUGGACCAGAGUGGACUUGACCUGGUUGUCAGCCCGAAUUACGGAAUGUCAACGGCGUGCUGGUUCGGCAGCCGCCUGGGUCUUGCAAUUUUUUUCGCGCUGCCCGUCUUUCUGAUCCUCAUUUUUAACCUCACCCUCUACACGGUGGUGGUUGUGCGAAUCAAGGAGCAGAAGAAGGCCACGGAAUACAUCAGAGACCGCAAAAACAGUAGAAAAAACAGAUAUUCAGAGAAUGACUGCAAGCUGCACUUCAGCAUCUUCAACAUAAUGGGCGGCACCUGGAUUCUAGGAAUAAUCGCCGGAGUCGUUGACCAUCCAAUUCUCUGGACGGUCUACAUAAUUCUGAGCGGAUCACAGGGCGCCAUCAUCUUCAUCUUACAGAUCUUGAAGCCGCGAGUGAUCCACAUGAUUCGGAACCGUCUCACAGGGCGAGAAGACACGACCACCUCAAACAACAGUGGAUCAGGCAAAAGAACGUCCAGCUCUCUUCUGAACAGAAACUCGGAGCGGUCGUCAGUGAAAAAAUCGUUCCUGCUGGAAGAGUCUGUUGCACUGAAGAGCAGAGUGGAGUGAAAAUAGAUAUAGUCACAUGUGUUCCUAUUCAAUUUCGUGUCAAUAUCAUAUCCCAUAUAGGUCUAUAUAAACUAAAAUGUUUCUAGUCAAAAAUUCAAGGAAGCUGAACGAAAAAAGCUGUUUAGUAAUAAAUGCAUUUUAAACGGAUGAGUGUAGCGCUCAUUUUGAAAUGAGAUGUGGAUUCUGAUGAAAUAGAUAUGAAUGAAUUGUUUGAGUGGCACAAGAGAAAGUCAAUUAGGCUGUGAAAAUUAAGCAGCUCCUAAUUGUUGUACCAAAUUUAUGCCUCUAUAUGUAACGGGCUCGAAAGAUUUUUAAAAUUUGCGUAAAAAGAUGAGGUUUUAGCAAACAAUACACCAUUCGCAAAUUUCAUGACAUUAAUUUAUGAGUCUGAUUUUAACGGCUUGAAUCGGUAUAAUGCAGGAAUUUCGUAAUGUGUAUUUUCCCAUCGAGGCGUGUCUUAAUUUGUCACAAAAGAGCAUUCGUUUGUUUUGUAAGUGUAUUUUCAUGUUAUAGUAUCUCUCAAGCCAAUCAGAGGCUAUAUUAUGAACAAAUUAUUUUAAGAGAUUCGAAUCUGUAGUUAAUUCUUCAGAAGCCAAAUUACAUGUAGAAUGAUUGUCAAAUAAAAUAGGAGUUAAG